AUGCUGCAUUUGGGCGGAUCGGCCCUGCAGACGGUUUUCAAAAACCUUAAAGGGCACGAACAUGUCUCGUUGGUUACACUAACACCACGAUGGUAUGACACAGCAGUGGAAAAACUUGACGAAUUUUUCGAACCACGAUAUCAGAGCAUUACCGAGCGUAGGAAGCUUCGACAAAUGAAACAAAAUUCUGGAGAGAGAUUUGCCGAUUAUUUAAUACGUCUUAAACAGCAAGCAACCGAGUGUGGUUUUGAAAAGUAUGGAAACGAAGUAGAAGAAAUAUUGAGGGAUAUACACCUGACGGAUGCAGUUGUUGAAGGAUGUUCCUCAAAUGAAGUACGUAGAAUGAUUCUAUUGAAAAAUUUAUCUUUAGUGGAUAUUGAAGCGCUUGGAAUUACUCAAGAAAGUGUGGACCAGCAAUUAAUCGAAAUAACUGCACAAAAAGGAUCUCAUUCUGAAGACAAAACAUACAAUGUAACCACACCGAAUGGAAAACAACACAGUUUAUUGAAGGAAAAUAUAAAUAAAGCACGCUCAACAAAGACUUGCUUCAAUUGUGGUAGACUAGGACAUCUGUCCUCAUCGUUGUCGUGUCCAGCACGAGGUAAACAAUGUCACAACUGUAAAAGCUAUGGGCACUUCGAGAAGCUGUGCCGUAAACGGAAAGGGGUAAUAACUCCCCAAAGAAAACGGAUUCGAGUGAUUGAGAGUGUCAACAAUGAGAAUGUUCAUAAGACGACCGACGGUGAAGACAAUAAUAUGCAAGAUAAAGCUUACUAUGCUUUUUACUCAGGUAACGAAUCCAAUUUGCUCACGUGCAUUGUCGGUGGUGUUUCGACGGAUAUGUUAGUAGACUCGGGUGCAGAUGCUAAUUUAAUUAGCGAAAUUGUUUGGACCGAAAUGAAAGGCAACAAAGUUACAGUACAUUCAUCAAAGAAAGGGAGCAAUCGUAUCUUAAGGGCAUAUGGAAGCAAUGUUCCAUUAAUUAUUAUGGGAUCUUUCAUUGCUGAUAUCACUAUUGGAGCCAAAACUGUUAAAUCAGAGUUUCUUGUUGUUAAGGGAGGGCAACGAUGUCUUCUUGGUGAUAAAACUGCUAAACAACUUGGUGUAUUGCAAGUUGGAUUACAUGUGAACAACGUCAAAGAUCAGCCACAACCAUUCGGUAAAAUUAAAGAAAUAAAGGCAUUUAUUCAUAUGGAUCCAAAAGUCAUUCCAGUUUUUCAACCAAUGCGCCGCAUUCCUUUGCCGUUAGAAGAAGUAGUCGCGAGAAAAAUUGACGAGUUAUUGAAGCGUGAUAUCAUUGAAAUUAAAACGGGUCCUACCAGCUGGGUAUCACCACUAGUUGUUGUAGGGAAGACAAAUGGAGAACCUAGACUCUGCGUAGAUCUUCGGCGCGUUAACGAGGCUGUUCUUCGAGAACAUCAUCCGAUGCCUGUUGUGGACGAUUAUAUUGCACGGUUAGGAAGAGGGACAAUUUGGAGCAAACUCGAUAUUCGCGAAGCAUUUCUCCAAAUCGAACUUGCAGAAGAAUCCCGUGACGUAACCACAUUUAUGACGAAUCGAGGGCUUUUUAGAUUUAAGAGAUUGCCGUUUGGCCUAGUAACAGCACCGGAGCUUUUCCAAAAAGCCAUGGAUGAAAUACUGGCAGAUUGUAGCGGAACCUAUUGGUAUCUUGAUGAUAUAAUCAUUGAAGGGAAAGACAUUGAAGAACAUGACAGUCGCCUCGAAAAGGUAUUUUGA